AUGUCGACUGCUGCACAGAGCAGCUACGCAGCCUCUACUGCAGACAAUGCCAACAACGUUGCAGCAGUCUUCCUCCCCCGCCCUCGAUCUCGACUGCGCACCAUCGCGAAGCAGUACGACGAAGCUGCGCAGCAAACCGUCACACAUACCGACGAGCCAUACAAGAUCGUUUGGGGGAGCCGAACUUUCGUCAUUAGCGGUGUUCUAAACAAGAAGAAGAGCCGUGGCCGUCGUUCCUGGAUUACUCGUGAGGGUUGGUUCCUAACGGAGCUGACGACAACAGGAAAGGUCAAGCAGGAUGUCUGGUGCUGUCGACGCUGCGAUGCCUACGGCAAGCCCCAGUCCCACAACAUCGCCGAGGACAGCCCCAGCCGGCCAGACAACGAGAUGACCGUCCUUGACAUCCAGCGAGAGGCUAGCAACCGAUCGACCCCUUCCAGCAUUCCACAAGCGAAGAUCAGUCGGGCCCGGGAGCUUCUAGUAGGCUAUAUUGUCGACGGCGACUUGCCCUUUACUGCUCUUGAGAGCGUCUACAUCAAGGAGCUCUUAAAGCAGCUAGACCCUGGAUUCGCCCAAGAGCUCCCUCCACAAUUCAUAUUAGCUUCGACCUUUGGACCUCUCCAAACAACCCUAGCCAUGAUUUCAGUCUUUGGGCACUUCAUCAAUCAGAAGAAAAUGCCCCAGAGCAGGUUGCUAGCCUUCCGUCGGCAGCUAGGGAAGCAUUCUGGGAAUUACAUCGCGCUCACGAUCCAGGAUAUUCUCAAGGCUUGGGGAAUUGGGAAGCAGGUGGGUGUCUGCGUCGCCGACAAUGCAGGGAACAACGACACAUGCCUCAAGGCCCUAUAUCGAUCCCUCGAUCCCACCAUAACCGACCGAGAUAUCAAGGCGCGUCGAAUGCGAUGCUUCGGUCAUGUCCUCAAUCUUGUUGUUCAGGCUUUCCUUUUUGGCCAGGAUGCUACCUGCUUCGAGAGGGAUGCUUAUACCCUUUCCCUUUGGAGUGACGACGAGGCUGAACUAGCACAUUGGAGAGCAAAGGGACCUGUUGGAAAGCUUCACAAUAUCGUCAAGUUCAUCAGGGCGUCGCCGCAACGAUCCGAGGCAUUCCGACAGCAUGCUAAGGAAGCCCAGACCUCUGACGACUAUCUGUUGUCAGAGGAGCCGACCUGGGACCUUGGCCUCAAGCAGGACAACAGCACGCGCUGGAACUCAACUUACCUGAUGAUCGAGAGGGCUGUCAGGAAGAGGGAUGAUAUCAACAGCUUUAUCUUGGAGCUUGAUCUUGAAUCUGAUGGUGACAAGCGGAUCCCUGAUGCUGACAAACUAACCACCGACGACUGGAAGGCCCUGAUCGAGAUCAAGACGAUCUUAGAACCACUCUACAAACUGACGAUAAAGACCCAGGGAUGGGGGCAGUCUGGGAACAAGUGGUCGACUUUCAGAUGUUCUAAUGGGGGAUGA